AUGAAUUGGGAUCAGCUAACAUACCAAUUUGACCUUACUACAAAAUCUCAACCUUCUACGACUGUUGCUACUACCACUUCUACUGGGUACGUUCAACCAUCAAGCUCACCCUCAUCCAACUCCGCGAAUUCGAUCCAAUAUAAUGAAAAAGUUAUGGGAUUUGCCGCUGCAUUGGCAGCAUAUUCGGCUAAUUGGCUAUGCGGACCAAGACGUACAGAAGACGAAAAGACUCAACGAUAUAAAAGAAAUGGUGAAACUAAAGUAGCGCUAAAAAAAUUGAAUAAUUCCAAAAAUAUCAGUAAUGAAUUCUUUAUAGAGUUAGAUACUUAUUUUAGAUUUUCCGCAAAAACAACAAUGUCGAAUAGUGGCUGGCAUGAUUAUCCGCGCAUUUUACAAAGCUAUGGCAUCACUAAAGACGAUAAUAGCGAUGAUUAUAUGUAA